AUGGAGGAAUAUGAUAAUAUACCUAAAGAUGAUCAGGAGAACUUAAAAGAGUUGCUUCGAGAACAAGACUACUUCGAACAGUACUGCUCAAAAGCCCUGCUUUUCAUGGAAGAGAAAAUGACAGAAGCUGCUAGAAAUUUAUACAGAAAAUUAGACAAGCCUCAAAUUAAGUUUGAGGUAUCUUCUGAACUGGAGUUCAGACCAAUAUCAAUAACAACAUCUGGAGACAUAUAUUUUGGGCAGUGGAACCUAGAAGAUAACUCUCAUGAAGGAAUUGGAAUUGGUAUCAACCCUCGAGGCCAAGUUUAUCAGGGAAGUUUUAGAAAUAAUAGAUUUCACGGAUCUGGUCUUAUCAUUUACAAAAGUGGCUUAAGAUAUUAUAAAGGUGACAUCAAAGACCACAAGCGAAAUGGAAAUGGACUUUAUGUGGCGUCAACAGGCUAUAGAUAUGAUGGACAGUGGGAAAAUGAAAAAGCAAGCGGCUAUGGAGUUGAAACUUUCCCAUCUGGAGCCAAGUAUGAAGGCUAUUUUGUAAAUGACAGCAGAUGAGGCUUUGGAAAAUAUGUCUAUCCCGAUAAAGAAUGCUAUGAAGGAGAGUGGAAAAGCCACAGGCCAAAUGGAUACGGACAUUAUAUCAAAGCAAAUGGCAGUCAACACUUUGGUAAUUUCAAAGAUAGAAAGACUCUUGGAUUUGGAAGUGAAGUUAAACCUGAUGGAAGAAUGCUUCAAGGUGAGUGGGAUGAAGUAGGAAUCAAAGCUGGGAUAUUCACAGAUACAAAGGGAAGAGAGUAUCAAAUUAAAAGCGAAAAAGAUCCAGUUAUUAAGAAGUUUCAUUAGAUUUCAAUCAGA